CCUGACCGCAAUCAUUCCAGGCUUUUCCAGCCUCUGAGAGGACAGCGAAAGAUUUACAAAAUAUUCAAUGCCAUCAUAAAAAGCUCUUAUUGGCGUAACUCUAUUUAAUAGUUAAAUCGUGUGUUUAACUUGAAUAAUCUAAAUAAAGAAUAUAUAUUACGCAGUUCACGCGCAGGGUCCACAUCAUUGUUUUGUCCCUGAGUUGGAAAGACGGCAACCGCAAGCCGCUAACGUAGCUCGCUAUGCCUGCCACUCUGUCAGUGCCGCUGUCAGCAAGAGGUGGUGUGGAUUCUUUCGAAAUGUUGUUCUCACAAUUGAAUUCACCCGCUCUACAAAUGUUUGGAGAUUUUUUGGCAUUGCUAGGUAUUUUAAUAUUAGGAAAAUUCACAAUAACGACGAUAUGGGAUAUUCUUGUUGGAGUACGAGCCCUAAUGUGGUCGAGACUAUGGAAAAAAAAUUUCGAAAAGCGUUACGGUGGUAAAUGGGCAGUUGUGACGGGUUGCACUGAUGGCAUUGGUAAGGCCUACUGCCAUGAGCUGGCCAAGGAUGGCCUCAGUAUUGUCCUCAUCUCCCGGUCUCUGGAAAAGCUCAACUCGGUUGCUGAGGAAAUAAAGUCGCUGUACAAAGUGGACACGGCUAUAAUCCAAGCAGACUUCAGUGAAGGCCGCAGCCUCUACUCAAGAAUCAAAGAACAGCUUGCAGGGAAAGAGAUUGGCGUCCUAAUCAACAACGUUGGUGUGAUGAUCCCAUAUCCAAAGCUGUAUGAAGAAAUCACAGAGGAGGAGAUAUGGAGGCACAUCAAUGUCAACAUGGGGUCUGUGGCCGCCAUGAUGUCCAUCAUCAUGCCUCAGAUGUUGGCUAGGGGCAAGGGCGCCGUGGUCAACAUUGCGUCCAUUGCUGCGUAUGGCCCCAUGCCCAUGCUUAGCAUUUAUGCUGCCUCCAAGGCGUUUGUGGAGUUCCUGAGCCGCGCGGUGGCGUGCGAUUACUUCAUGCGUCGUGGCAUCACCGUGCAGACCGUCACACCCUGCUACGUCAGCACCAACAUGACUAGCUUCUCCAAGUACACCCACUCCACUAACCUGUUCAUCCCCACGCCGGCGCAGUUCGCCGCAUCUGCUGUGUCCUCCAUCGGCUACACUGACUAUACCACCGGCUACUGGACUCACGGCAUACAGAAAUGGUUUGUGCACUUCUUGCCGCGGCCAGUGUUUAUGUGGGCGAUGUUCCUGCAGCAGAAGUUCCUGCGCUCCACAGUCAAGACCACGCACCGCAACUGAUGAGUUACCGCCCCUGCCCACCUCAUCCCCUAGUUGUUCCCAUCCCAGUCUACCUCGUCCUCGAGUGGUUCCCAUCUCCCUACUUCGUCCCCUAGUUUUUCCCGUCUCGUCCCACCUCGUCCCGUCUUUGCUUUUCACUUCUUUCUAUGUCUACUCCUGCUGCUAUGUCAACACCUGCUAUGUCAACACCUGCUGUGUCAACACCUGCAGUGUCAACUCCUGCUGCGUCAACUCCUGCUGCUGUGUCAACACCUGCAGUGUCAACUCUUGCUGCGUCAACUUCUGCUGCUGUGUCAACUCCUGCUGCUAUGUCAACACCUGCAGCGUCAACUCCUGCUGCGUCAACUUCACAUGAAGGGCUUAAGUUGUAUUGAUGUUAAUAACCAGCGCCUUAGUGAAGAAUAUGGACCUCAUCUGAGGCUCGUGCCUGUGCGGUUGCUAUGCUUUUCUGUACUUGUUACCGACUUGAAUUAUUUGGAGCGUAAAUGGCUUAAGUUGGUUUCUGUUCUCGUAUCCUUCAGGCAUAAUUUUUCUGUUUUGUAUCCUUCUGUUACAAAUUUCAUUUAUAAUGCAGCUGUUUGUUUUUGGUAAUAUCUUGCCAAUGCAGACUUUACUUAAUGUUGGUUGUUUUUGUUUAUUUGCAAUACCUAGACGUUGAAGUUAUUAUUUCUGACUGUAAUACAAUAGUUGAUGCUAAAGGUAAUUAUUAGAGAAUAUGUCAGAAUUUGAGCUUCUUCCAUUAGAUCAACCUGUUUAAUAAAAUAGGUAUGCCAUGCUUUACGAUGGAUUCUGUGCUAGCAUUUGUUCCUAUCUAAUGUUUUACUCUUAACUUCCUUUAUUGCUGAGUUCUCAUUGAUUAUGGCACCAAUUCUUGCCAACCCCGAGGCCCUUCAUGCAGCUCGCUUGUAUUGUCGUGCGCCUCAGGGAGCUGCUGCCCUCGGCCCGCUGUCCUCAGUAAGCUGCUGCCCUCGGGCCGCUGUCCUCAGUAAGCUGCUGCCCUCGGGCCGCAGUCCUCAGUAAGCUGCUGCCCUCGGG